AUGCAUACAAGUCGGGCUGAUUUGAAGCAUGGUCAGAGUUUGGAAUAUAUUCAUUAUGGUGGAGGCCUUUCGUGCAUAAAUUUCGAAGCAAAUUUGAAGGUUGGCCGAGUUUAUCCAAAUAAGAUUGCCCCUUUUAAAAACCAUCAGUUUAGCAGCAAUCACAGGCCACUUUCGAUUGAGAACUGUCCAAUCUGCGAAGCGUCGGUUGUGUGUUCGCUGCUGGCAGCUUCCUUGCCCUUGGAAAGUUCGGGGGCAUAUAAAGUUGGAUUACAUGAGUUUAAGGUUGUUAUAUACGAUCCACUUCAUGAAUGUGAUCUAAGGUAUGUAAGUAGUCAUCAUUCUCAAGCUACGACUGAAUUGCUGUCUGACUGUGUUAAGUGGAGAUUUCAGGAUUCACGCAGCAUUUAUACUGCAGCUGAUAUCAAGAAAGAUGUGAAACAAAAUUUCGGUGUGAGCAUAAGCUACUCUACAGCGUGGAGAAGCCGAGAGUUAGCUUUCAAAAGAAUUAGAGGGUCUGCAGAAGAGUCAUAUUCCCUUCUCCCUUCCUAUUGUUAUGAAUUGGAGCAUACAAAUCCGGGAACUUUGACAUACAUUGAGACUGAUGCAGCUGAUCACUUCUCAUAUUUUUUAUGGCAAUUGGUGCAUGCAUACAAGGAUUUAAGUCGUCAAUGCGGCCCGUGA